AUGGGUAAGGAGAAGACUCACAUAAACUUGGUUGUAAUUGGACAUGUAGAUUCUGGUAAAUCGACUACCACUGGUCACUUAAUUUAUAAACUCGGAGGUAUUGAUAAACGUACUAUUGAGAAGUUUGAAAAGGAAUCUUCUGAAAUGGGGAAGGGAUCAUUUAAAUAUGCUUGGGUCUUAGAUAAGUUGAAGGCUGAGCGUGAACGUGGAAUUACUAUUGACAUUGCUUUAUGGAAAUUUGAAACUCCAAGAUAUGAGUACACUGUUAUUGAUGCUCCAGGUCAUCGUGAUUUCAUUAAAAAUAUGAUUACGGGUACUUCUCAAGCUGAUGUUGCUUUGUUAGUAGUUCCAGCAGAUCGUUUUGAAGGUGCUUUUUCAAAGGAAGGUCAAACUCGUGAGCAUGCCUUGUUAGCUUUUACAUUAGGUGUGAAGCAAAUGAUCGUUGGUAUUAAUAAAAUGGAUACAUGUGACUACAAGCAAUCUCGUUAUGAUGAAAUUCAUAAUGAAGUUGAGGGGUAUUUGAAGAAGGUUGGUUACAAUAUUGAGAAGAUCCCAUUUGUUGCUAUAUCUGGUUUUGUUGGUGAUAAUAUGGUUGAGAAAUCUGACAAGAUGCCAUGGUAUAAAGGUAGAACUUUAGUUGAAGCUUUAGAUACUAUGGAGCCUCCCAAGAGACCAACAGAAAAGCCAUUACGUCUUCCAUUACAAGAUGUAUACAAGAUUGGUGGUGUUGGUACUGUUCCAGUAGGACGUGUUGAGACUGGUAUUAUUAAGCCAGGUAUGAAUGUUACUUUUGCUCCAGUAGGUAUUACUACAGAAGUCAAGUCUGUUGAGAUGCAUCAUGAACAACUUUCAGAGGCUGGUCCAGGUGAUAAUGUUGGCUUUAAUGUUAAGAAUGUAUCUAUUAAAGAUAUUAAACGUGGUUAUGUUGCGUCUGAUGCUAAGAAUGACCCAGCCAAGGGUAGUGAGAACUUUACUGCUCAAGUUAUUGUAUUAAAUCAUCCUGGUGAAAUUAAGAGUGGAUAUUCUCCGGUAGUUGACUGUCAUACUGCUCAUAUCUCUUGCAAAUUCCAGAAUAUUGUUUCUAAGAUGGACAAGAGAUCUGGUAAAGUAUUAGAGGAGAAUCCAAAAAUGAUUAAAUCUGGUGAUGCUGCAAUUGUAGUUAUGGAGCCUUUAAAACCUAUUUGUGUUGAGGCUUUUACUGAGUAUCCACCUUUGGGUCGUUUUGCUGUUCGUGAUAUGAAGCAAACUGUUGCAGUUGGUGUCAUUAAAUCUGUUGUAAAGAAGGAGAUUUCAUCCAAGAAGAAGUAG